CGUAAUGAACGGUCAGGAUUUAAAUAAAGUUAAGAGGAUCGGGUGGAGUACAACUAACGCGAAACCUCUGCGUUUCUUCGUCUUCUUCGACUCGUGAGAUUGUGAUCACAGUGGGGCAAAAGAAAGACUUUAACUUUAAAGAUUCUACGAGGUGUGGUUGAUCGAUUUAGUCAUCUGGGUUUCCUUCUCCACUGGUUCUGAGGAUGGAUCAAGCUUCGUCUUCGUCGAAUGUUAGGGAUGAGAAGAGAUCGUCCACUGAUCCUGUGACAGUCGAUGAAAACGAGGAGAGAGAAGCUAUAGAGAUUCCUCUCUUCCAAGUGCCUGAAUGCUAUGUUUAUUUGAUACCUCCAAGGAAAAGUGCAGCUUCAUACAGGGCAGAUGAGUGGGACGUGAACAAAUGGGCAUGGGAAGGGGCAUUGAAAGUGGUGAGCAAAGGAGAAGAGUGCAUAAUUAAACUUGUAGAUAAAACCACAGGAGAACUUUACGCUCAGGCCUUUCUCCGAGAUGGUGAACUUCAUCCAGUAGAAGCCGUAAUCGACAGUAGCAGAUACUUUGUUCUCCGUGUUGAAGAAAACAUAGGUGGUCGUGCUCGUCAUGCUUUUAUUGGACUUGGAUUCAGAGAGAGAACUGAAGCAUAUGACUUCCAAGCUGCACUACAUGACCACAUGAAGUACCUGAACAAGAAGAAGACAGCAGAAGAGAUGGAACAACACUUUCAGAACACAUCAUCUGUUGAUUACAGCUUAAAGGAAGGAGAAACCAUUGUUCUUCAACUAAAAAAUAGGAGCGAGAAAGACACAAAGACUAAACUGAGCAAUCUAAAGUUAAACAUGAAAAUGAAAUUACAUGAUGUAGACGGGAUGAGUGAGCUCUACUGGUUAGAGCCUUGGGGACCAAUUGUCAUGCUUCCGGGUUCGACGCUAGCCGGAGGCGAACUGCUCUUCCAUGUCACAAAAGCGGAAGGAGGUGAUGGUGUUCCUGCAACAAUGCAACAAGGUUUUAGUUUCAAGCAUGAAGAUGUUUCUGACUCACCUAAUGGAUUCAAACCGAUGCAGCCUAACCAUCAUGGUUUGAUUUCUCUAGCGGGGAAAAAGCAAGGCGCUUUGGCUGCAGCGGAAGCUAGAAAGAGAAGGAAAGAGCUCAUGAGGCUCAAGAACUUCCAUGACCGUCAAUGUCGUCUGCAAGUAUGA